AUGUCUGCCGCCACUGUCUUCGAUUCUACGCUCUUUGGCAACAUCUUCGGCACAGAGGAAGCUCGUCAAGCCUUCUCUGAGCGGUCGUACGUCGCCAACUUGAUCAAGGCGGAAUGUGCUCUUGCCGAGGCGGAGGAGGCCGAAGGCAUUGUGCCUGUCGGCACCGCUGCCGUAUUGAGAGAACACUGUGACGUCUCCAAGAUCGAUUGGCAGCUGUUGGCCGCGCGCACAGAAAUUGUUGGAUACCCAGUCCUACCUCUAGUUGAGCAGAUGUCAAAAUGGGUUCCAGAAGAGACAUCAAAGCUUGAAGCUGGUUACAUCCAUUGGGGUGCUACCACCCAGGACAUCAUGGACCUUGCAUCAGUACUCCAGAUGAAGACUGGCCUCGAAAUUGUUGAGCGUCUCCUCCGCAAGGUCACUUCCACACUUGAAAACAUGUCUGCCGCCUACAGGGACGUGCCAAUGGCGGGCAGAACUCAUUUGCAACACGCGCUCCCCAUCACCUUCGGAUACAAGUGCGCUGUCUGGCUAGCUGGCUUCCGUAGACACGUGAAACGCCUCGAGCAAAUUAAAGAAAGCUGCUUGCUUGUUCAAUUCGGCGGUGCGGCUGGAACCCUGGCGUCUUUGGGCACUUCUGAUAGUGGUAUUCGCGUGCGCAAGCGCCUUGCGACCAUUCUUGGCCUUCAAGAUCCCGUUAUCACUUGGCAUGUGGCGCGCGAUACGGUUGCUGAAAUAAUCAACUAUCUUGCUCUAGUUGGAGGUAGCUUGGGAAAGAUUGCUUUGGAUCUGAUCAUUAUGUCAUCCAACGAGCUGAACGAGGUUGCUGAGCCCUACGUCCCCCACCGCGGUGCCUCCUCGACAAUGCCCCAAAAGCGAAACCCAAUCUCAAGCGAGGCAAUUCUUGCACAAUCAAAGAUUCUCCGCGCGCAGGCCGGCCUUGUCCUUGAUGGCAUGGUAUCAGACUUUGAGAGAGCCUCCGGACCAUGGCAUCUCGAGUGGGCCGCAAUUCCAACGGCGUUUAUCUCGAUUGUUGGUUCCCUCCACCAAGCAGAGUUUGCCCUGUCUGGCCUGCAGGUGAACAAGGAUGCCAUGAUGGCGAACUUAAAGUCGACCAAGGGCCUGAUUGUUGCUGAAGCCGUCAUGAUGGAUUUGGCAAAGUACACUGGUCGCCAAGAAGCACACGAAAUUGUGUACAAGGCGUGCGUUGAGGCGCAUGAGAACAACAUCUCUUUGCAAGAAGCUCUGGAAAAGUCACCGCAUGUGACAGCCCACCUCGCAUCAGCGGAGCUCUUCAAGCUUUGCGAUCCCACAAGAUACCUCGGCUGUUGCCAACUGAUGCUUGACGAGCUGUUAGGCCAGAGGACGGUGAAUGGAAACGGAGUAAUAAAUGGCAGCAAUUAA